UCCAGCCAUUGCCUCAGGGAACUAGUGCUGUAACUGGCAACUGUCUCCCUCAGGGAGGGGGUGAGGGAAACAGAAUCUAGCUUUAGUCAAACUUUGACUCUCUCUCAUAUACUGAUCCUGCUUACAGAGACUCUGUACUCCACUGAUACACCAUCACAAUCAGUGGGGAAAACCUUUGUUUUUAUUCAAGGCAACUCCAUUUUUACAGUACCAAAUGACUGGUAGAGAAAACAAAUUAGAAGAUCACUUCUGGGAAAAGAAUUAUGAAGAGGUAGGAUUUUCAUGGAAGAGGUAGGAUUGUCAGAGAAGAGAAGAAGGCAGGUCGACUGAUGAUGAGGAAAGUAAUUGCAGAAAAAUUGAACAUCCCUUGGAAUAGUAUACUUUUGCAGAGAACCUCAAAAGGGAAACCAGUCCUUGUUAAUGACUCAUUCAGUACUCAUCCAAAUUUCAACUUUAAUAUCUCACAUCAAGGAGAUUAUGCAGUUCUUGCAGCUGAACCUAAACUAGAAGUUGGAAUUGAUAUCAUGAAGACAACUUUGCCAGGCCGAAGCUCAAUUCCAGAAUUCUUUCGCCUUAUGAAUAGACAGUUUACAGAAAGAGAAUGGAAGACAAUUAAAACCUUUGAAGAUGAAUGGACCCAGCUGGAUAUAUUUUAUAGGCAUUGGGCACUAAAAGAAAGCUUCUUAAAAGCCAUUGGAGUUGGAAUAGGAUUUAAAUUACAGCGAAUCGAGUUUAAUAUAUCUCCACUUCAUCUGGAAAUAGGCAAAGUAUAUAAAGAAACAAAUAUGCUACUUGAUGGAGAAGAUGAAGAAGAAUGGGCAUUUGAGGAAAGCAGAUUGGAUGAGUACCAUCAUAUUGCAGUUGCUCUUAAGAAACCAGAUGGAUUAAGACCACAGAAUCCUCAAGUUCUUUCUCAAGAUCAUUCUAAGCUAACUAUGUCACAGUUCACUUUUUUGACAUUUGAAGAUUUGGUAGCAUCCUCAGUUCCUUUGACAUCGGAAGAUCCUUUUUACUGGGACAACUUUUGCUCCAAACAAGAGGAUCCUGUUCGAAAUAGCACGAGUUCAUGAUAAUGCUCAAGAAACAAAAGUGGAAAAUGAAGACUUUUUAAAAAUUCCAGGGUCACCAGAAUAAGUAAUUGAGAGAACCAAAAGGCAUUUCACAAAGUUGGACCAAAUUCUGGAAGGGAGAGAGGGAGCCAUGACUGUAAUAUGUGACCUAGAGACAGGCGUCUGGUAUUGCUAAUUACCAAGAUUUAUCACCAUUAUAAGUUCACUUUCUAUUGUUAUAACUAAAUGCUUUGGGGUAAAUCAUUUAAAAUAAGGUACUCUGUUCAACAAGCAAAGAGGUUUUUAUCAAGCCCCUACUACUUGCCAAACAGAGUUCUAUCUUCUAGGGAUACAAAGAAGAAAAUACAGUUUUCUACUGGAACAAAAUUUUUUUAUCAUUAUUGUAAAUAGUGUCAUUAUUUGCCAUUAAGCACCCUGUUAUGAGUUGCCAUGCAAAUGCAGAAUAGUGAAAUAAUUUUCAUAGGAAAACAGUUUGUACAUAUAGACAUUAAAGAGAGGCAUUAAAAAUCAAACUAUCUUGGCACAUCUGCUCUCUUGAUGAUGGUCAUUUUCCCAUCUGUUGUACUUACCUUAUAGAACUGUUUUGAGGUUUAAAUGAAAUAAUACAUUUCAAACUUCAAAACAUUAUCUUCAUGCCAGCCAUUAUUAGUUUAUAUUUGUUGUGUUUACUUUUUUAGGGUUUUUAUUAUUUUAAUUUGUGUUUUUUCUGUUUCUUAGUGAUUUUGAAAUUUUUUUGAUAGCUGUUAAAAGUUUGCUUUUUCUGUUUUGAAGAUUUAGUUAGCAUCUGUUAUUCCUUUAACUACUUAUCUAAUAGGGAAUGACUCUUAUUUUUAAAAGUUACCUAUUGUUCUUUGAUAUCACACUUUUACCAGAGGUCUUUAAUGUAAGCCCUCCCCCCACCCCCAAAUCUUCCUGAAUUGAUCCUAUUUGACCAAGAUGUUCUAUGUUUUAUAUAUGAAAUAAAAUGUUUGUAUAAUCUUCA